UCUAGUUCCUUGUUGAAUCCUUGCUACACUGCAAUUCCUUCCUUUUACCCCCCCAAAAGACCAACUUUUCUAGUACUAAAACAAGACAAAAACCUAUCGUCGUUCUUGUUUAUAUGUCAGUUACACAUAGACAAACAAGACACAAACAAAAGAGAUUUUCCCCAUAACAUGGAUUCUUAUCACUACUUGUUCACCAUCUUCUUGUUUUUCAUGCUUGGCCAACAUCUGUUGGUCGAUGGCCUAGGUUGCAACUGGGGAACACAAGCGUCGCACCCUCUUCCACCCGACAUCAUUGUCAAGUUAAUGAAAGACAAUCGGUUCAACAAGGUGAAACUGUUUGAGGCUGAUCCUGGGGCAAUGCGUGCUCUCGGCAGGUCCGGUAUCCAGGUCAUGGUUGGGAUCCCUAAUGACAUGUUAGCCGGCAUUGCAAGUAGCGUUCGAGUUGCUGAAGAAUGGGUUGCCCAAAAUGUUUCUUACUAUUUAUCCAGACAGGGAGUCGACAUAAGAUAUGUUGCUGUUGGAAAUGAACCAUUCCUCAAGACAUACAACAACAGAUUCACACAAAUAACUUUUCCGGCCCUCCAGAACAUCCAAGCCGCCCUGAUUAAGGCCGGUCUAGGCCGCGAUGUAAAGGCCACCGUUCCACUCAAUGCCGAUGUCUACCAGUCAGAUUCCGGCGUCCCAUCAGGCGGAAACUUCCGGCCUGAUAUCCACGAUCUCAUGGUCUCCAUUGUCAAAUUCCUAAACGACAACGGCGCUCCCCUUACCAUCAAUAUCUAUCCUUUUCUCAGCCUCUACGCUGAUCCCCAUUUCCCAAUCGAUUUUGCAUUUUUCGAUGGAGCAGCCUCCCCCGUAGUUGACGGCUCCAUCACUUACACCAAUGUGUUUGAUGCAAAUUACGACACCCUGAUUUCCGCCCUGGAAAAGAAUGGCUUUCCAUCCAUGCCAAUCAUCGUCGGGGAAGUUGGCUGGCCGACAGAUGGGGAUCGCAACGCCAACAAUCAGCUCGCCCGGAGGUUCAACCAGGGCCUUCUCGACCGCAUAAACCAGGGCCGUGGCACCCCCAAACGCCCCACCCCGCCUGAUAUUUACCUCUUUUCACUAAUCGAUGAGGAUGCAAAGAGCAUCGACCCUGGAAACUUCGAACGCCACUGGGGCGUUUUCUACUUCGAUGGAACCAUAAAGUACCCACUGAACUUGGGGGCAGGCAGAAACCUCACGGCGGCUAAAGGUGUACGGUAUCUUGCCAGGCAGUGGUGCAUAAUGGCGCCUGAUGCAAAUCUCCUGGACCCGAAUUUGCCGCAGAGCAUCAACUUCGCUUGCACUUACGCAGAUUGCACGAGUCUUGGACCUGGUUCGUCCUGCGGGGGCCUGGAUGCUAGAGCCAACGCGUCUUACGCGUUUAACAUGUAUUACCAGACAAUGAAUCAGCGGGCUGGGGCUUGUGAGCAGUUCCAUAAUCUGUCAAUAAUCACAAGAAUCGAUCCGGGUUUUCAUGGCGGUUCCUGUAAGUAUGAGAUCAUGAUAGACAACGGACGACACGAGCAGGCCAGAAAUCCAGGGACAUCGUCGGCUGGAAAUAUGCCUACUUCUGUUGUUCUCUGGGCAGUGACGCUGGCCCUGAUUAUUGUUUGUGGUCAUAUGAAUUGAGUCAAGAAUGUCGCACUAAGUUGGCUUGUACGUACAGUUGCGAAUUGUUGUACAUUUUUUCUUUUUGUUGAUUAAUCAAACCAUUUUUUCCUCCCACUAAUGCUGUCAUGUUUGCCUUUAUCAGUAUGUCUUCUUUUCAUUUCAUUUUAUUUCUUUUUCUCUUUUGUAAAAAUUCGAGA